ACGAGUGUCAUUAUUGACAGAGCGGCACACUUGAGAGUUGCGAUAGUCGGUGCGGGAUGGUUUGAACUUCAGUGAAGACCUUGAACAGUUCUCUGACAUUGCAACCCUCUCUUUAUAUCUUCUACCUUAGAACUGGAAUCUGGUGUGAUAACGCCAGAUUUCUUUCUUUCUUUUUUUGUACCUGUUGAUUUCCCAUUCAUUAUUUAUUUUGUGUAUGUGAGUGUCUGUGUGAAAGUGAGAGCGACUCAGACAUGGCUGAGGUACCGCCACCACAGCCGGUCGAAAUAGACCCGGAAUUUGAGCCUCUCUCCCGCCCGCGGUCCUGCACCUGGCCGCUGCCCCGGCCGGAGCUCAGCGACCCGGCCAGCUCCAACACGUCGUCCCCGGCUCCGUCUUUGCAGCAGGAGCCGGGAGGAAACUCCGAGUUCAUCAGCAACCUCGGCUUGUUAGAGGAGGACUACGAAGAGUAUGCCGACCAGAAACCGCCUGUGCCCGGCAAUGAGUUCCAGUGUCGGGAGGGAAACUGUGUGCAGCCACAUCAUCAUCACCACCACCACCACCAUCCUCCUCCUCCUCCUCCUCCUCCUCCUCCUCCUCUUCAGCUCCCCGGCCCGCAGCAACAGGUGCCUCCUCCGGGUGUCGCACCCCUGGGCAACUCCGGCCAGAGGAAGAGCAGCUCGUCCCGUCGCAACGCCUGGGGCAACAUGUCGUACGCGGACCUGAUCACCAAAGCGAUAGACAGCUCACCCGAGAAGAGACUGACACUGUCUCAGAUUUACGACUGGAUGGUGAAGAAUGUGCCUUACUUCAAGGAUAAAGGAGACAGUAACAGCUCCGCGGGCUGGAAGAACUCCAUCAGACACAACCUUUCCUUGCACAGCCGCUUUGUGCGCAUCCAAAACGAGGGAACGGGGAAAAGCUCCUGGUGGAUGCUGAACCCGGAGGGGGGUAAGAGCGGAAAGUCACCUCGCCGCAGAGCUGCCUCCAUGGACAACAACAGUAAGUUCACCAAGAGCAGAGGAAGGGCCACAAAGAAAAAGAUGUCUCUACAGGAAGCAGAUGAGGGAGGAGCAGGCAGCCCUGGAUCCCAGUACUCUAACUGGCUGGGAAGCCCAAACUCCCACAGUAACGAGGACUUUGAAGCCUGGAGCUCCUUCAGGACGCGCACCAGCUCUGACGCCAGCACGCUGAGUAGCUGCCAUUCACCUUUUCCUUCUGAACAGGAUGACCUGGGGGAGUCUGAUGGUCACAUGAUGUACCCUGGGGCAGCGGGGAGCAAGAUAACCUCCACCCUGCCCAGCCUGUCUGAGGUCGCUGGAUCCAUGGGCCAACAUGGCUCCGAGAGAGUCAUGGAGAGUCUGCUGGACAACCUGAGCGUGCUGUCUCCUAAAGCCCAGCUAGGGUCUGACUCCCCACAUUCAUCAAAUGCUGCCAUGCUUCAGAGUCCCUACAGCUCCACUGGCUUGACCCCGCACCCACAGAAGGACUACCGUAAGUGCAUGUACAGCCAGGUGAGGAUGAACUCCCUGACUCCUGCUCCCAUGCAGAUGCUUCCAGAGACCAAGCCAGGCUUUAGGGUUUAUGAAAACCAGUAUAUUUGUCCUGCUGGCCUCCUCAAAGAGCUGCUGACCUCAGACGCAGAAGCCAGUAGAGAUACACAGGUGUCUCAAGUGGGGAGGGGAGGUUGUCUAAUGCCCACUUACAGCCGCCAGAGCCACAUGGGGUGUCAUAAUGGAGUAAAAAUGAUGACUCCUCCUCAAAGACAUUUAGUUCCUCAUGUAAAUCCACAAGAUAUACAUAGCCAGGGUCCUUCAACCUCACAAGAUUUGAAUAACUGUAACAUGAUCCCCCUGACGAGCCUGACUAGUCUUUCAGGGGCCCCUCCUCGAAUGACCAGCCUGAGGACAUUCGUGCAGUUCCCGCGUGGACACCCAACACACAAUAACGCUGUUUCGGCGAGCUACGGCAGCAACAGCGGCUACAGGGAACUCAACUUUAUUCACCCACACAGUCAUCACCAGGAGCGGCUGCCCAGUGACCUGGACAACGUGUCCAUUGAGAGGUUUGAAUGCGACAUGGAGACUGUCCUCCAUGACACCCUCAUGGAUGGCGGAGCACUGGACUUUAACUUUGACCCCACAGCUGGGCCUCAUGGGUACCCCCAGAGGGUGAAGACCACCACACAUAGCUGGGUGUCAGGCUAGGACGCAUGGUGGAUCACAACAGGUUUUUCUCAGCAUCCCGCCACCGCUCACCUUCAUUCAGGGACUGGAAAAUGGAAAUCAGCCACAGCCGUCACGUUCCGCAGAGCAUUUGGCAAAAACUAAUUAAAAAAUGUUUUACUUGUUUUGAGUUGCAGCUCCAUGUAUAACAAUACAUACAGUUUAAUUGAUAACUGCAUUGAACAUAAGCUCUGCAGAGAGAAGUUUAAUGAGAGACAAGCCAGCAUUAUCAAACUAGCCUCGUUUUCAAUUACCUGAACAUAAUUAAACAUGAAUAUAUUUGUUUAUUAUUGCUGAUUUGUGUUCAUAUAAACAUAUACAUUACAAUGUUUUACAUAAGACAAAACCUAGAAGAGUGCCUCGCAAAAUUAAUUUCUCAAAAUGUAUGAUUUGUGGCCAGUCCAACAUUAGACCAACACUGCACAAACACCUUGUGAUUUAGGAAUGAACUUUGCAGCAGCCAGUCGGCCCAGCUGAGCAUACUUGUGGGACCUGAAAUUGCAGUAAGGACACAACAACACAGUUAUAGCUAUUUACACACACACACACACAAGAAGUUUUAAAAUCAGUUCUUUACUAGCAACCACCCAGUGAAAUGAGCCACUUUUGGGGUAAUUUGGGGCCAACAGAUCGGGAUAUAUUGAGCUGAAUCAUUAAGCAGUGUUUUUUUUUGUUUCAGUGCUUAAAAUGUCAAGUUUUAAGUCUAAAAUGGCACCCAUAUCUUUAAAGGAGAAGUUGAUAUUACAUUCUAAUGGAGCAAAAGCCUGCUAGAUAUGUUCUAUAUAGUCUGAUAUGGGAGUUUUUGAGGGUUGAAUGAAAAGCCCAUACUGGCAAAUGAGUGGUAAUCUAGUAAGAUCAGUGUAUCAUCUGCAUAUUGAUACAUGUUAAUCAUCUUUAUUAUCUCCGCCAGGCGUAAGCCUGUGCAUGUGUGUGCGUGUGUGUGUGUGUGUCUCCAAGGCUGAUCUCAUAUACUACUGGACCCAUCAGCUUAAACCUUUUGGCGCUCAUUUGACUGUAUGCUCAAGGACCUUUAACUUUUAUAGCUAAAAUGGUGACUGAGAACAGGACAUGUCCAGCAAUAGACAACAUCACAUAGCAUACUAUGACACAAACACCAAUAAAUCCAGAACAUUUCAUCGGUGUGUACAUAGAUUAAAUGUUUAUUCACAGAUAUCUUGGUACAGUGCUAUCAAAUACAACUCAAAUUGAAUAUCAGCCAUAUCUCCCCACCAUUAGAUUUCAUUAGAGAUCGUGAGACAAGCUGCAUCUCUGACUGAAAUUUAUUUUCAUUCACUGUAUGAAGGUAUUUAUUUAUGUUUUUAUUUUAAUUGUAGUUUAUAAUUGGAUUCUUGCUUUGUACUUUGCUUGUACAAAAAUGUGUACAAUGUAUAUACUGUGUUUGAGUUACAUGAUAUGCUGUAUUUGUUUUAUUAUGUCAAACUAACAUUGAAGAAGUAAAUUAAAUAUUAAGAUUUAAGAUCAAUAUCCUUUAUUGUAGAUAAGUUUGAAUGCUCCCUUUUACAUUAAUAGUGUCUACAUGCAGUUUAGAAAACGUGGCUGUCAAGAAUAAUCCUAAACAUCUUAAUUCGCCUUUUGGGACUCAAUGUUGCUAUCAGGGGACAUCUCCCCAACUCACAUUAACGUCUUUGACAUUAGGACAUUCUGCUACACUGGAAGUUAUGAAAAACUGGAAAAAAAAAACGGUGAUCAAGUUGAAACCAAAGUUGUUUUUUGUCACAUUCUGAAAAAAGGACAUUUUGUAGAAUUUAGAGAUUUUCACCUCACUGAAGAUGAAUGAUACAGUGGGAGAAUUAGCAGAUAGAGAUCCCUAAAUUGACUGGAAAUGAUGGCCUUCAAAGUUUCGCUGACACAGCACACGAUUUGAUGCUGUGUACCUCCCAGCAGCUGUUUUUAUGCACCAAAGAGUUUCUACUCUGCCACACACAGUAAAGACCGUGCACCCACACAGUCUCACAGACUUAUAAUGCUGUACAUAUUAUUUUCCUUUGUCGUACAUUUUUAUAUAUGAGGGGUUUGAAUGACUUGUUCGGAUUAUAUUGAAGUAUUAUACUGUAUGUAUGAUUGUGUCAGAAAUGGUUGUUUACAUAUAUGAGUCCAAACCAUAACAAUAAAUAUACGAACACUCAUACCUCAAAAUAGUUUACCUCUGAAGUGUUGAAGGGAUUUUUCCUGCCAUUCUCCUCAGUAAGUAAUGUAUUGAGUUUGUCUUCAUUUUUGACAAAUUGUUUUGUAAAUAGUUUUUGUUUUGUUUUUAUGUAUUUGAAUGAUAGUGUUUAGACCUGAGUAAUGCACCAUCUGCCUUGGUAUUUCUAAUGUGUUGGAGGAUUAUAGCCAUUAUUUUCUAGUAAAUAUUUUGUGACAGUAAGUCAUUUUAAAUCAGAAUAUCUAUUUGUGUGAAAUUAUACAUUUUUAAAGUUUUUUUUGUAAACAUGAAAUCAUCUGUUCAGACAAAACUCAAGGAAAGGAAUUCAGUAAACAGAAGAUAAUUAUAUCUCAGAAUAAUGCUACUACGUCUGCAAUUGUGAAAGCUUAUCAGAAAUAAAUGUGUGACGGGAGAACUUUUAUAAUGGCUCAAAAUGCUACCUUGAACAAAUGAGAUUUAUGAUUUAAUAGAGAGAGUGCAAUGUAAUCUUGGACAUUAAACACAUGUUGAAACCCA